AUGAAAGAACGAUGUUUACCAUCGAAUCAUUCUGAAUUAGCUGUAUCCUAUUGUAAUAUUAGUCGGACUCAUUUAGCUCGGAAACAUUACGAUGAAGCCAUUAUUUAUUAUACCCAGAUUGAUCAAAACGGACUCGUUUACGGUCUGUUUAUCAACGGUAAACGAUGUCUAAACGGUCAAGUCUAUCGAGCAAAAGAAAAAGAAAGUCAGCUAGCAUUGAAACAUUUUCAAAAAGCUAUUGAUAUUUAUGCGAAAAGUUUACCACGUAAACAUCCAUAUAUUGGUCUAUCGUUAAUGUAUAUUGGAGAUAUUUUAUGUGAUCAAGAUGAUGUACAAAAUGCGUAG